GUGAGAGCGGUCAAAGAAUCGGAAACUCUCAGAGCGGCCUCUUACUCUCGCUAUCCUUCUCACCUUUUUGCAUGUGUAGUUACAGUCCAGUCCUCUACAGCACGAUGCAUGGAGGGUUUGUGACACUCUGAGGACAGUUCAGCAGAGGAUCACAUCAAAGAGAGAAACCUGAGGAAUCCUCUUAAAUCUGGACAAAGAAGCUCAGCUGUCUCAUUGAUCUGCUCACAAUGAAGCCGCUGUUUGUCCUCCUCAUUUCCGUCGCCUGGACUUUCACCGGGGCUCAGCAUUACUACCAGGGGCUGAUGGAUUAUCUGGAGAACAGAUUGUUGGCUAUUGAGGAUCGCAUGCAGUUGUGGCAUGAUCUGUCCCAGCGGUACCACACAGAGAUGAAAGAUUUCAAAAAACUAACCGCUGAGGCCAUGGGUGGGCUCAGGAAUGAUCACAGCACGUUGUUCAAAGACCUGGAAGGAGCUGGCGUCCGAGUGGACCGGGUGGAGCGAGAGAUGGACUAUGUUGAGGCCCAGACCUCCCCUCGGGCCUGUGCACUCAAGGCAGAGAAGGUGGUGGAGCAGGAGGCCUGGGGGCUGCAGGAGGGCAGGGUGGAGGAAGAGGAUGAAGAGGAGUGGGAGGAACUGCUCUCCAGAGUCUCUGACUGUGUGGAAAUCAUCUCUGGCAUCAGAUCAGUGAAGAUCCUGAAAAGAGUGGGCAGCCCCAAGGGCAUGUGGACCAGAGACCCCAGGUCGUCCAAGGUUUACGUCUUUAACGGGACAUCAGGAGACACCAUCUACCAGUUCGACUCUGUCCGGGACUUUUCUCGCUCUCUGGGCAUCACCAGCAGCAGAAACAUCAGGCUUCCCUCUGACUGGAGCGGCCCUGGCAGUGCUGUUUAUAACGGCUUUCUGUACUACAUACAGCAGGACUCUGACAUGGACGUGCAGGUGGUCAGAUACGACCUGCUGACCGGCUCUGUGACAGACACAGCCAUGUUCCCGGUGGAGAGCCACGCUUCUGUUUACAACCUCAAUCCAGAGACUGUUGCAGACCUCGCAGCAGACGAUGAGGGUCUCUGGCUCCUGUACGCCCCCAGUGACAGUGAACCAAACAUCAGCCUGGCAAAGAUGGACGCUGCCACCCUUGAUAUAGAGCAAAUCUGGGACACCCGGUGCCCGAGGGAGAAUGCGGAGGCGGCUUUUGUGGUGUGCGGGACUGUAUAUGUGGUUUAUAACACCCGUCUGGCCAGCCGCUCCAGGGUUCAGUGUGUGUUUGACGUCAACGACAUGGUGAUCAGUGAGGAGGCUCCACUGCUCUACUUCCCCAGGAGGUACGGAGCCCACACAAGUCUGAAAUACAACCCCGAGGAGAAGCAGCUAUACGGCUGGGACGAUGGAUACCAAAUCAUUUACAGGCUGACCAUGAAGAGGAAGCUCCUGGCUUGAUCGCUGAGAAAGGGUGUUGUGUUUUCAAAGGCAAGGAUUAAAAAACAGAGCAGUGAAUCUGUACAUGUUGUCCACCUUUUAUCUGAUCUCAUGAUUCCCUGCCUGGUUUCAAGUUCUUUGCUUCACUGGACUGGCGUCUGCAAUGGCUAGUCAUAUAACAUGCCUUAUUUCAGAUGUUUAAUGUGAACAAACUACACUGUAAAAAGAAUAACAUUUUUAUAACAAUUCCAAUUCUUCAAUUAUAGUUAAUAAAUCAAAGAAAAAAGUAUUCAUUUACAUGUUAACCAUAAAAGAACAAACAGGCAAAAAUUGUACAUGAUGUCCACAUAAAAAUCUAUGUCUUUACAAAUGAUAACUUGCUCCUUUGCAGUGUUUGAUGAUAAAAUUACACAGUUUUGUUUUACUAAAUAUUAAUCCGCAAAAAAUAUGUUUUUUACAGGUAUUUUUCCAUAAUUUGAAAGACAAAUUAUGUAUAUUAGGAACUGAAAAAUGAUAAAUAAGUUUUUAACUGUUAUUUUACAGAUUUCCCCCUUCUUCCUGAAUUACAGAGAUCUAGUAAAAUCAGAUAAACUAUUAAUUUACACACAGUAAAACUGACUGUAAAAGAGAAACAACAGUAUUUUGCUCUUAUUAUAUCAUUAUUUUUCCUUUAUUUGCAGUUUUUUUCAUUGACAUUAUAGUAUUCUACUGCUUUUUUUUUUUUUUUUUUUUUUACACAAUAGCGUUGCCAAACAGCAGACUUCAAUGAUAUUAGAAGGUUUGCGUUCUAGGGGAGCUAAGGGGAGUUUCAAGUUUUUGUAUUUGUUCAGUAGCUUUGUUCAAAGUGCUCUGUGACAUUAUUUGUCUCUAACUUGCAUCUGAUCAUCUGACUCAAAAUAUCUCCGAACAGAUCUCCUGGUAGGUUUUUCCCCUUACAAAUCACAGCAGACUUGUUGCACUUAACAGCAACUUUUCACAUCUUGUUGGCCUGUAUAUCUAGUGCUUACAGCAUGAAAGAAAAACUAGUGGGAAAUCAGAAUCCACUUCAUACCAAGUAUCAUUUGUUGCAGCCGCCCUAGAGGUCACACCUCCGAGAGUGACCUAAACAAGUAGCCCUAGAUAGCAGUAGUAAAUGUGCUAAGAAACGUUUUUGCUGUGUAAGCAUUGAUAAGCCUCUGAACCUUUGAGAUUGUUCUUAGCAAGAAGAAGAAGCUGAGCAAGAAAUCAAUGCAGCAGCCAAAUAUGCUGCUGUAUGUUACGUGAAGUCACUUCUCCAGGUUGUCUUGCUAGAAGAAGGCAGAGGUAUGAUGACAUUAUUCCUUUCAUGUUGUGACAUGCUGUUUUCCCAUAUUAGUGGAGUGAAAGGAAUAGCUAACGGCACUUUGUUCUGGGGUUUUAUGCAUAGGCCCAUGAUUUCCUAUGCACAAAGUGGGUAUCAAAGUACUUUAAUAGCUUUGCACUCAAAUCACAGCCUGUAUACUUAACACACAUCACUCGUAAUAUCACAAAUGUUUAAGCAAAUAAAUUAAACGCUGAACUA